AUAAAUAAAGUGAGUUUUAUUUCGUUUCAUAUUUGGAAUUUGAUCAUAAAAAACAAAGCAAAACCAGAUCAAUAAACUGGCCAUUGUUGAUCACCAUGGAAGGCGCAAGAGCAAAGGCAGAGGUGAUCAAGCCAGUGCUGCUCAAGGCUGGGAUUCCUCUUGCUAUAUCUGUGGCUGGCUUCAUCAUUGCCAGGCUCUCCGCAAGAAGAAAUCCAGUUUCAAAUCAGCAUGAAGAAGGGUCCAGAGAAGAUGAGAGUUUUCAUGGCCUUGAUUCCAAGUCUUUGGCUAGUAUGGGGGAUGAUGAACAAGAUGUUUUAACAGGUACCCGGUAUGGAAGUGAUGAAGAAGAAGAGAUUUUCAGGUUGAGAUAUCGAAUUCGAGAGCUUCAAGAGAAGGAGGGGCAGCUAGAAGCGCGGUUUCUUCUGUACUGCAACGCGAAAGAGGAAGAAUCGAUUCUGAUGGAGCUGCAGAGCAAUCUGCUGCUGGAGAUAGCGUGUGUCGAGUUCUUGGGCAGAGAGGCUUCAUCCAUGGAAGCCGAGAACCGGAGGCUUGAGGAGCUGGGGGUGGAGUACUUGAAAAUCCUGGAGCAGCUUGGGGCUGCAAGAUUGGAGAAGAGAUUGCUUCAUAGGAAGGUUAAGAAGCUUCUGAGGAAAACCAGAGGAAUGUCCUGUGUCAUAAGGCAGAAGAAUAUGCAAAUUGAAGCUGGAGAAGCUGAACUUUUGAGAAAUCAGAAAGAGGGAGAAAGAAAGGACAAUGUUAUCAGGGCAAUGGAAGAUCAAAUUCCAGAGCUUCGAUCUCUUAUCGAUCAACUGCAGAAGGAGAAGAACGAACUUCAGAACCAGCUUCAGUUGGCAGAAAACUCGGCUUCAUCUCAGAUUGAAGCAAAGGGGGAGGAAGAUUACAACGAGCUAGUGAAGGAGCUAGAGCGAGUCAAGAAGGAUCAAUCAGUGGAGGCGGAAGAACUGGUGUUCUUGCGAUGGUGCAACGCGUGCUUGAGGCACCAGCUGAUGAAGAAGAACCAGGAAGAAGAAGAAGAAGAAGAAACAGAGGAGAGAAAUCCAAAACCCCAGUUUGAUUUGGGAGCUCAUCAUGAACAUGAACAUGAACAUGAUCAUGAUCAUGAUCAUUCCAAGAGGCCUAAGUUAAUCCAAAAGCUUAAGAGAUGGGUUGAAGGAAGCGAAAAAAUGAAGCAGAAAGUGGAUGGAAAUCAGAAGCAUGGAGGCAAGUGCUGUAGAGGGUCUUCGGUUUCGGAUGGAACAGAGAAUCAUCAUCUUCUUCCUCCGGGGAAUUCGUGUUCCAGUCCAUGAGAAAAUCACAAGGAAAAUGAAGGAAACUUUCAGGACUGCAAUUGUACAUAUUCUUGAACGAAAAAGGAAGAAUGUUCUUACUAGUGAUUGAUGAUGGAAACCAUAUAUAUAUAUAUAUAUGACUGAAAGUGACCGCCUUAACAGUCAAUUGAAUGAUUUAAGCAUUC